GAAUUCUCUCAAACUCAUCAAUGGCGAUAAUUCUCCGUUCAUCAGAUCCACUCCUCUCUCGAAUCCAUCCGCAACCACAACAAAUCGACCACUUCGAUCACCUCCCUGACUCAAUCCUCCUCCUUAUCUUCAACAACAUCGGCGACGUCAAAGCCUUAGGUCGUUGCUCCGUCGUCUCCAAAAGAUUCCAUUCCUUAAUCCCUCAAGUCGAGAAUGUCGUCGUUCGUGUCGAUUGCGUUAUCUCCGACGACGAUUCUUCCUCUCUCAUCUCCGAUAAACCACGAUCCGUCGCCGCCGCUACUCCUUUCUCCGCCAUUUUCCGUCUCGUGUUUAAGCCGUUACAAGCUUUGGGACAGUUCCUUAAACGCUCAGGUUCUGCUUCUUCUCCUUCGGGAUCAUCUUCUCCUUCUUCGUUGUUGAUUAGUGGUGGUGGUGGAGAUGAUGGAGAGAUUGAACAAGGAGGUGUGACGCAUCAUUCUCCGACUCAGGUUUUGAAAAACUUCGAUGAGAUUCGGUUUCUUCGUAUCGAGCUUCCUAGUGGUGAAUUAGGGAUUGAUGAUGGUGUUUUAUUGAAAUGGAGAGCUGAAUUUGGUUCUACUCUUGAGAAUUGUGUCAUUCUCGGUGCUUCCUCUGUGAUUCCGGCGACGAAUUCGGAUACUUCCGUUGAUCUUAGUAGUAGUAACACCGCUGUGGCGGUGGCAGAGGAUAAUGGAAGUAUACCGGAAUCGUUUUAUACGAACGGAGGGCUUAAGCUUCGUGUUGUAUGGACAAUUAGCUCUUUGAUUGCUGCAUCUGCUAGACAUUAUUUGUUGCAGCCGAUUAUAGCAGAGCAUAAGACGCUUGAUAGUUUAGUGCUUACUGAUGUUGAUGGUCAAGGAGUGUUGUGUAUGAAUAGAGAUCAGUUAGAAGAAUUGAGGGUGAAGCCAUUGUCAGCUUCUUCAGCUUCUAAGAGGACUCUUGUACCUGCUUUGAAUAUGAGGCUUUGGUAUGCUCCUACUUUGGAAUUGCCUGAUGGGACUGUGUUGAAGGGAGCGACUUUAGUGGCGAUUAGGCCGAGCGAGUCGAAGAAGGAGGUGUGUGAUGUGUCUUGGGUUUCUUCUGCGUUUGAUGAGUCUUAUGGGGUAGCUGCUAAGAUGUUGGUUAAGAGAAGGACUUAUUGUCUUGAAAUGAAUUCGUUCUAAAGCUUGGAGAUUUCGAUAAGUCGGAUCUGAGGUGAAUGGAUCACAAAGGCUAACCAUGUUUUGAAAGAGACUACAAUGCAGAAAGAUCAGUUUUGUAUUAAGUGUGACUAAUCCUAGAUUCACCAAUGGGGCUCAAUGUUAUCUAUUCUUGGUCUAUUGGAAGCUUCAAAUUCCGUCUGCUUGGACACCGGAAACCGCAUUCGCUGGCUGUUUUUUUGUUUCAGCUCGCAUAGCAAUCAUGUAAGAGCAAGUUUUCAUCUUAUAAAAUCUUCCAUGUACC